AUUUACGUGAAUAUGAGCACAUACACACGCCCGCACGAACAUCAUAAACGCACACAUAAUAAAUUAUAUAUUCAUGUAAUAAUAAAAAAAAACCAUUUACCUAUUUUACCUACAAUUUCCAUUGUUUGAACCAUGUUUAUGACUAAUUAGUGAUACCGUUGUUCCUAUUUCCGUUUUACGUAUUACGUUACGUUAACGUGCACUAGAAUACUCGAUACGAUGAUCAAACAAGAGUAAUAAACUUCACGAUUCUCAGAAAUCCCAUAAUUUCAUUAGUAUUUUGUGAAAUGGAAGACUAUAAAUUCUUAUUUAAAGUAGUACUUGUUGGUAAUGCUGGUGUCGGCAAAACUUGUUUGGUCCGUCGAUUUACGCAGGGAAUGUUCCCUCCGGGUCAAGGUGCAACAAUAGGAGUGGAUUUUAUGAUAAAAACAAUUGAAAUAGACAAUGAAAAAGUCAAACUCCAAAUUUGGGACACUGCAGGACAAGAAAGAUUCCGUUCAAUUACUCAAAGUUAUUACCGAUCUGCACAUGCUUUAAUAUUAAUUUAUGAUAUAACAUCCCAGCCAACAUUUGAUUGCCUUAAUGAUUGGCUUCGCGAGAUUGAUGAAUAUGCAAAUAACAGAGUACUAAGGGUUUUAGUUGGUAACAAAAUAGACAAAGAAGACCGUGAAAUUCCUUCUCAUGUGGGUCAAGAUUUUGCUCAAAGACAUGAUAUGCGCUAUUUAGAAACAUCAGCAAAACAAGCAGACAAUGUAGAAAAAUUAUUUGUUCAAAUUGCUUCAGAAUUAAUGGAGCAAGCUAAAUCCAAAGGAAUAUCAUCAGACAGUCCACAGUCUCUACCAUUCAACACAAGAACUUCUAAAUCCAUUAAUGAUUACUGUUGUAAUCGUUGAAAACUUAAUUAUCAGUAUUAUUUUAUUAUUGUCAUUGAUAUUUAACUGAGCUUAUCACAGGGUAAAUUGUAAUCAAACUAAUACUUUACCUAAAAUCAAUCCAAUAAUAAUGUUUUUAACAAAAAAGA